AUGGCUGAGGACGGGAAUGAAGAGAUCAUGUUCAUCUGGUGUGAGGACUGCAGCCAGUACCACGACUCUGAAUGUCCUGAGCUGGGCCCAGUGGUCAUGGUCAAAGACUCCUUCGUGUUAAGCAGGGCCAGGUCAUCCCUUCCCUCCAACCUGGAGAUCAGACGCCUAGAAGACGGAGCUGAGGGGGUGUUUGCCGUGACCCAGCUCGUCAAGCGCACUCAGUUCGGCCCAUUUGAGUCACGACGCGUCGCCAAAUGGGAGAAGGAGUCUGCGUUUCCACUGAAGGUGUUCCAGAAGGAUGGGCACCCCGUGUGCUUCGACACCUCCAACGAGGACGACUGCAACUGGAUGAUGCUGGUGCGGCCGGCAGCGGAGCCGGGACACCAGAACCUGACGGCCUUCCAGCAUGGCAGCGACGUGUACUUCACCACCUCCCGGGACAUCCCUCCGGGCACCGAGCUGCGUGUGUGGUACGCAGCCUUCUACGCCAAGAGGAUGGACAAGCCCAUGCUGAGGCAGGCCUGCCCCGGGCUCCAGGCCGCAGGCGCCCCAGAGAACAGCACCCCGGUGGAGGCAGAGCCCAGCCAGUGGGUGUGCAAGGUGUGUUCAGCCACCUUCCUGGAGCUGCAGCUGCUGAAUGAGCACCUGUUGGGCCACUUGGAGCAAUCCAAGAGCGGCGCCCCAGCCGGCCAGCAGGAGUCGGCCCCGGAGAAGGAAGCAGAUGUGCCCCGGGGGGAACCUGCUGAGGUUCCCAAGACUGUCAGUGCCACCAAAGAGCAGAAGAAAAAGCCUCGAAGGGGAAGAAAACCCAAAACCUCCAAACCAGAGCAGCCUCUAGCCAUUGUUGAAGGCAAGGAGCCAGCAGAGCAAGUGACUGAGAUCAUGACUGAGGUCGAGCCUGUGACUGCGACGCCAGACGAGCGGAUCAUGGAGCUUGUUCUGGGAAAGCUGGCUGCCACCCCCAGCGACACCAGCUCAGUGCCAAAGUUCCCGCAUCACCAGAGCAGCACCAUCACCCUCAAGAGAAGCCUAAUCCUCUCGAGCCGGCACGGCAUCCGGCGGAAGGUGGUGCGGCAGCUGGGCGAGCAUAGGCGGGUAUACCAGUGUAGUAUCUGCAGCAAGGUCUUCCAAAACAGCAGCAACCUGAGCAGGCACGUGCGCUCGCAUGGUGACAAGCUGUUUAAAUGCGAGGAAUGUGCCAAGUUAUUCAGCCGCAAGGAGAGCCUGAAGCAGCAUGUCUCGUACAAGCACAGCAGGAACGAGGUCGACAGUGAGUACAGGUAUAGAUGUGGCACCUGCGAGAAGACCUUCCGCAUCCAGAGCGCGCUGGAGUUUCACAACUGCCGCACAGACGACAAGACGUUCCAGUGUGAGAUGUGCUUCCGGUUCUUCUCCACCAACAGCAACCUCUCCAAGCACAAGAAGAAGCACGGGGACAAGAAGUUCGCCUGUGAGGUCUGCAACAAGAUGUUCUACCGCAAGGACGUCAUGCUCGACCACCAGAGGCGGCACCUGGAAGGAGUGCGGCGGGUGAAGAGGGAAGACGUGGAGGCCGGUGGCGGUGAGAACCUGGUGCGCUACAGGAAGGAGCCGUCUGGAUGCCCAGUGUGCGGCAAGGUGUUCUCCUGCAGGAGCAACAUGAACAAGCACCUGCUGACCCACGGCGACAAGAAGUACACCUGUGAGAUCUGCGGGCGCAAGUUCUUUCGUGUGGACGUGCUCAGGGACCACAUCCACGUCCACUUCAAGGACAUCGCGCUGAUGGAUGACCACCAGAGAGAGGAGUUUAUUGGCAAGAUUGGGAUCUCCUCAGAAGAAAACGAUGACCAUUCAGACGAGAGUGCAGACUCAGAGCCUCACAAGUACAGCUGCAAAAGGUGUCAGCUCACCUUCGGCCGCGGGAAGGAGUACCUGAAGCACAUCAUGGAGGUGCACAAGGAGAAGGGCUACGGCUGCAGCAUCUGCCACCGGCGUUUUGCCCUGAAGGCCACCUACCACGCCCACAUGGUCAUCCACCGCGAGAACCUGCCCGACCCCAACGUGCAGAAGUACAUCCACCCCUGUGAGAUCUGCGGGCGGAUCUUCAACAGCAUUGGGAACCUGGAGCGGCACAAACUGAUCCACACAGGUGUGAAAAGCCACGCCUGUGAGCAGUGUGGGAAGUCCUUUGCCAGGAAGGACAUGCUGAAGGAGCACAUGCGUGUCCAUGACAACAUUCGGGAGUAUCUGUGUGCGGAGUGUGGGAAAGGCAUGAAGACCAAGCACGCGCUGCGCCACCACAUGAAGCUGCACAAGGGCAUCAAGGAGUACGAGUGCAGGGAGUGCCACCGCAAGUUCGCGCAGAAGGUCAACAUGCUCAAGCACUACAAGAGGCACACCGGGAUUAAAGAUUUCAUGUGCGAACUGUGCGGAAAAACAUUCAGUGAGAGAAACACAAUGGAGACGCACAAGCUCAUCCACACGGUGGGCAAGCAGUGGACGUGCUCCGUGUGUGACAAGAAGUACGUCACUGAGUACAUGCUACAGAAGCACGUGCAGCUCACCCACGACAAGGUGGAGGCGCAGAGCUGCCAGCUGUGUGGGACCAAGGUGUCCACCAGGGCCUCCAUGAGCAGACACAUGCGGCGCAAGCACCCUGAGGUCCUGGCCGUGAGGAUUGACGACCUGGACCACCUCCCGGAGACCACCACCAUCGACGCUUCCUCCAUCGGCAUCGUCCAGCCUGAGCUGAGUCUGGAGCAGGAGGAGCUGGCCGAAGGGAAGCACGUGAAAGCCACCAGAAGAGCUCCCAAGAGGAAGCAGAAGCCGGAGGAGGAGGCCGGGGCCACGGGGCCUGAGGACGCCGCCUUCAGCGAGUUCUCAGAGAAGGAGGGCACGUUCUCGGGCGCUGUUGGGGAUGAGACGGACUCGGCCGUGCAGAGCAUCCAGCAGGUGGUGGUGACUCUGGGCGACCCCAACGUGACCACCCCGUCCAGCUCCGUCGGCCUGACCAACAUCACCGUGACCCCCAUCACCACCACUGCCGGGACCCAGUUUACCAACCUCCAGCCAGUGGCCGUCGGGCACCUGACCACUCCGGAACGCCAGCUCCAGCUGGACAACUCCAUCCUGACUGUGACCUUUGACACCGUCAGCGGCUCCGCCAUGCUGCACAACCGCCAGAACGACCUCCAGAUCCACCCGCAGCCGGAAGCCUCGAACCCUCAAUCUGUGGCCCACUUCAUAAACCUGACCACCCUGGUCAACUCCAUCACGCCCCUGGGGAGCCAGCUGGGCGAGCAGCACCCGCUCACGUGGCGGGCGGUGCCCCAGACGGACGGACCACCCCCACCGCCGCCGGCCCCCGCCCCGCAGGCCACCCAGCCCUCAGUGCCGGCCGAGCAGCAGCCACAGAUGUACAGCUACUGAGGCGGCUUGCAGAGA